UUUGAAGAAGAGGAAAAGUCUGAAGUCAUCAAAACAAGGCAAUAUCCUGUGUGAAAUGUUGCAGUCACGAUGCCUUGUGGUUUGAGUCCCUUGGUCAUGUGCCUGGAGGGAAGGAAGUCAGUGGCGGCCGUGGAUGACGAGACGCUCAGGGCCCGGCAGGUGCGCCCCUUCAGCUCACCUCGCGCUUCGGGCUCCUCAGGGAGGAGGGGCCGAGCCCCGGGCCGCCGCCGGCACAAUGAUCCUCAGGCUGCUCCUGGCUCUCAACUUCUUCCCCUCAAUUCAAGUAACAGAAAACAAGAUUUUGGUGAAGCAGUCACCCAUCCUUGUGGUGGACAACAAUGAGGUCAACCUUAGCUGCAAGCAUACACAGAACCUCAUCAAAAAGGAGUUCCGGGCGUCCCUGUACAAGGGAGCAGAUAGUGCUGUUGAAGUCUGCGUUGUGAAUGGAAAUUACUCCCAUCAGCUUCAGUUUCACUCAAAUACCGGAUUCAACUGCGAUGGGAAAUUGGGCAAUGAAACAGUGACAUUCUACCUCUGGAAUUUGUACGUUAAUCAAACAGACAUUUACUUCUGCAAAAUCGAGGUCAUGUAUCCUCCUCCUUACAUAGACAAUGAGAAGAGCAAUGGAACCAUUAUCCAUGUCAAAGAGAAAUGUCUUUGUCCAGCUCUCCUGUCUCCUGAUUCUAAGCCAUUUUGGCCACUGGCGGUGAUUGGUGGAGUCCUAGCAUUCUAUAGCUUGCUAGUAACAGUGGUUCUUUUCACUUUCUGGAUGAAGAGUAAGAGGAGCAGGAUCCUUCAGAGCGACUACAUGAACAUGACCCCCAGGAGGCUGGGGCCCACCCGAAAGCACUACCAACCCUAUGCUCCAGCACGUGACUUUGCGGCGUACCGCUCCUGACAUGGACGCCUAUCCAGAUGCAAGCUGGCAGGCACCUCUUCAUCUGCCCAACAACACUGCUCUGGAUAGGAAAGGCCUGCCUCAUCUUCAGUUGGCUACUCUGGGCUUCUAUUAGGUCACCAAUGCCAAUUAUGCUUGAACAACUAAGUCAAAUAACAUCAUUUUGAGACCAAAGUGAAGUUAAAGGAUAUUACUGUGGCAGGCUAUAUCUUGUAGUGCCAUGACCCAAGUUCAGACUUACCAUGUAUUUAUUGACUUGAUUAAGUUAGGGUAGAAAACAAAAAGCGAGUGGAUUCUGUUAGCCUUGAAACCUGCUUCCAAUUUCAGUCCUUUCUCACUCACCUGCACUUUGAGGUCAAGGGAAGAGUGGUAUUAAAGGACUUGUUAGAUGGAGAAGAAAGGUUAGAUAAAUUAUACCCUUUGGUUAAAUGUGGGUUUAGGGUGGGGAUAGGUUAGAGCUUGGGAGGGGUUAGAGAGACUUAAAUAUUUUUAAAACCAUUAAAACACUGUCACUCAUGAGAUGAGCCACUUAGUUCCUAUUUAAUGCUGUUUUACUUUUAGUGUAGAAAUAUGUAUACAUUGUGUUUGGUGAAUUUUGGUUAUAUUAAGCCAUUUUAUCCGAUGGAAUCCCAAACCAACCUGCUUUUAUUACUCCCUGUGUUGAGAAUUCAAUGUCAUCUUCACAAUGGGAUUUCAAAAGAAUAAAGUCAUCGGGAAGUAAGGCCACUUGAUGACAAAACUGUUUGAAUACUAUGGAGGUUACUUGUUUAGCAGCUUAUUCCAGUGAAAUUGUAGAGGGAGGCUUUUCUUUUCUACAUUUCAAGUUUCUACAUUUCAAGUUUGCACAGUUGUCUCUAUUGCCUGCAUGGAGAUCUGAAGGUGGAUGUGAAAGCACAUGCUGAGAAGUGAUGACACUGGGACAGAGGGAUAUUAGCAUUUAUUAAGGUAUGGGGAUGAGUCCCAAGAAACUUCUGAAAGAGGGAAUGACACGAUUCUUGCGAUGUGCUGAGGGGCCUGCGUCUGGGGGAAGUUUUUCAAAAGACAGCAGGCAGAAGGUGCUGUGAUGAGAGUUCCUUCCUUGUAGGGGCUUGAUGCGUGUUUGGGCUCAGACCUCCAGAACUCUGUGGGUUCAGUGGCCUAUUGACCAUAGAGGUUCAUCAACAUGGAAAAAUAUUUUCAAGUGCGUCUUCUGACAGCAUCCAAGUUCUCAAGAUAUCCUGUAAGGCCUGAUCCUGUAAUGACCAUGGAUAUUUUUCUGCCUUUAGUUUUGGUCAAGUAUGCCUGGGGACCUUGAAAAAUGGCUUUACUGUCACCUUUACAUUUGAUCUGCUUUGAUUUAUUCAGUUAGGCAGAUGGACCUGGUUCAAGUCCCAUAACUAGGUGGCAAGUCAGUGUCUUUCUAAGACUCUGGCUCUUCAACUAUGAAGUGGAGAUAAUGCUCAUAAAUGUCUGUUUCUCUACUAAAAACUCUAUGAGGGCAUGGCCCAAAUUUGUCUUUUUCUGCUUGUCCCUGGCACUUAGUACCAUGCCUGACAUAUAACAUAUGUUAGCUAUUGUUAUCACUGCCAUAUAGAUAAAUUAUAUAUAAAAAUUAAACCAGGCAAUGACCUGAGAAGAGAGAACAUUGUACCACAAAUUUAAACCCAUUACCCAAGGACCAGGUGCUAUAAAAUUUAACAGCUUCAACUUCCACUAUUUUCUUGUUUUGGAAUAUAUUUAGCUUGUAAUGAAAUGUAUACCAUUCCACCUCCCACUUUCUAUGUGUAUCGAGAUCUUUAAAAUUUUUUUUUAAUAUGAGGAGGGGUAAGAAUUCUGAUUCCAGACAGAAAAUAUUGUACUUUGGUAGAUUUUUAAAUGAGCUUCUAUUCAUGAAUUUAAUGAAUCUAAAGAAGGUCAAACUCAGCAGUACUUGGGUGACAGACUUUGAAUUUAUACUGGUACAUGUGCCACAUUGCCUGCCUCUUUCUUGGCCCCCAGAGUUCUUCAAUCCAAGUUAUCAGAUUUUAUUUAAAAAUGACAGAGGUGAAGAAUUUUUAGAAAGAACAAUGGCAAAAAUAAAUAAAUGAAUAAAAACAACAAAAAUGGAAAGAUUUUGUCUUGGACAAUAAACAGUUUUAUUUUCUGAUGGGAAAAAGAGGUUUGCUAAAUAUGAAUCAUACUUCAGAUUUGUCUUACUCACUCUGAACAGAACCAAAGUAGAAGUGUUAAUAAGGAAGUCCAUUUUCACUAUUACUGUGAACCCAGAAACGGUUUAAAAACAAUGGUAGGAGCAACACUUUUACAGUUUCAGAAAUGGUUAUUAUGAAGAAAACUAUGUCAUUUGCUGCUAUUAUUGUAAGAGUCUUAUAAUUCUGAUUGUGAGCUCACUUAUUCUGGACUGAGCACGCCACUUUAAAGAGACCAAGUAUACAUUAUGUUCUGUGUAUUCAGUGAUAAAAUUACUGAACUACCAUGUGCCAGUCUUAAAAUUUGUGCUUUAAUAUUGUCUUUCAGAGCAGGUAAAGUUCAGUUUUGGCAAUGACUGGAGAAAACUUGCUAUUUUAAAAAGGUGGGGGAUAAAAAAAAGUGGGGGAUAAAUCCUUUUUAUAAGUAACCUAUUUAGUGAUUAAAAAAUCCAGGCUUUCAAAU